ACUUCUACGGCUAACAAAAUAGUCUACACUUGCUUAGUAGUCAAUUAUACAAGAUUUAUAAUUUGUACACAGUUUAAUAACCAGCAUAAAAUAAUAUGCAGCACUCGUUUUUUUGCACAUUGUUCUAUGUUUAUACAUCUUUUUUACAAUUCUUGUCUGUACAAGGCAUGGUCUCAAUCGCGCCAAGCAUACCUGUAGCGAGAAUCCCAUCCACCAGUUUGUACAGUGGAAUAUCUUACACAAUUGCCUGUAAUAAAGGCCACGUUCAUUUUGGUUCACUGCCUGGAAGUAGUGUUGAAAUUUUUUAUUGUGGUAGACAUGCAUCGAGUUUUAUGUUUCAAGCCAUAUCUCCAAACACAUUUAUCUUGUGGAGGGGGAGAUCAAUCGUGACAUUAGGCGAAGUCAACGGGACAACGACCAUGCUUACCGUUAAGGAAGGCAAUUAUGGACGUAUUUCUCAAAGUACUGUAACCAGAUCUCUGAUUACCCCGUUGCACAUUUCUGGUGAAGAUAUGGAAGCCAAGUAUCAAUUACGGUUUGUCAAUCAGGGCGAUAGCUUUUCUACUGUGUAUGCAAAGUUUGAUUUAACUUUGGAUGAUUCGAACAAGCUGGAUGUCCAUUUCGCAUCUAACGACAGCGAUGCUAACACGGAUUUUGACGAAGGCAGCCUCGCAUGGAAUGAGACACUGUUUGCAUUCAAUAUUCUAACGGCUGGGAAUAAACUGACCGGGUAUUUUAACAACCUUGCUUUUCCCGACCUUAAUGAAACGAUGGUCGUCUUGAAGCAGACCUUGGUUAAUACGGGUCCCUACGGUUUGAGAAGUAGCUUUCAGAUGGGGUGGGAAGGCUCAGGCAAGUACUUUAAAGUCAAAACCGGUGAUUUCCGGGUGCCCUGUGGCGGAUUCCCUAUAAGGAACUUUCUUUCAUCAGAAUUCGCAUUUCCAUCCGCAGGAAAGUUUGAAAUUAACCGGAAGGAUGAUAUUAUCCCACGAUACAAAAUGUCUUGUGUUCCGAGGAACGUUGGACUGGUAGAAUUGACGAAUCCUAACAUUACCGGGAUGAAAAUUGACACUGUAAUCCCACCAGGAGGAAGGGUUGAGUGCUUGAUGAAGCACUGGGUUGUACUUGAUGAGACGAUUCCAUUUGUUGCAAACUUUGUCGUCUCUGGUCAGGAGGACACCAACACGGGCAUGUUUUCGGAUCUGCACCCAUUAGUCGUGCUGGCGACUUUGUCUAAUCUUGGCAUUAAUGUGACGGAUGCCGUAUUGGAUGAAGAUUCGAAUAGAGUCAAGAUUAAUAUGGAUGGCAGCCUUACUGGCCCUUUUCUUACACGGGUGGAAAACCCGGUGGCGAAGUGCGAACCGUUUGCCAUUUGAUUUAGUGUGGUGGGGAUGUAUUUAUAUAGAUUCAGUAAUUUGGAACUACAUAAAUGUGUAUAUACAAAAUUAGCGUUUGAAUUAACAAUAUAUAUAUUUAAUUACUUAUGUAUUCAAUUAGUAAUAAAACUUCUUGGGGCUGAAAACCACACUCAAUGUAAAAUUGAGUAAAAUUUGUGAUCACACUACUGGAUGUAUAAAAUUUAGACAACGUGAUUAGAACCACACCCACUGGGGGUGAGGUUUCCCAAUUUUAGGUAUUUCGCCGAUACCCCCUUGUCGAGCUGAGAAAAAUUAUGUGUCACAUGACAUGUUUUCGUUAAAAUCGACAAUUUGCUUAGAGCCACACCCACUGGGGGCGUGGUGUCAAAAUUGUAUUGCUUCUGUUGAGGUCCCCUCGUCGAGCUGAGAAAAAUGAUAUAUCACAUGACAUGGUAUCGUUGAAACCGAAAAGUCGCCGAGAGCCACACCCACUGGGGGUGUGUCAUGUGACUAUUAAAAACUUCCACAUAUAAUAUAUGCCUUAGAUUAUUGUUGCACACCAAAAUCUAAUUCUUUUUUCUUCAAAUUCGGCUCCUAUGUAUUUUUGGCCAAAAUUUAUUAAAUCUGGCCCACUGUGCAGUGCAUGCAUAUAUGUAGCCGACACGCAGAGUUGUGAAAAUGGUUUUAAUUGCUUGUGAAAUUAAAUUAUAUUUAAAUUUAAUUUAAUUGAAAAAUUUAAUUUAAUAAAUUUAAAAAACUGUUAUCGUCAUAGCA